UCUAAAUUAAAAGAAUAAAACCACAAGUCGCUAAUACAUAACAUCAACAUUAUAAGAUCAACAUUUAACAAACAUGUAUUAGGACUGUCUUGAAUGUAGCGAGACACUUCACGUCCGCCGUUUGUGAUGUUCAACUCAUUCAAAUAUCGCAAACGUACGAACAUUGGCCUGUUGAGAUGAGCAUCUGAAGAAAACAUGGAGUCGAUUACUUUAGGCUGAAGCCCGCAUGGUAUCGGUUACCCUGUGCUAGAGAAAUCAUGGUAUCGAUGUCUUUUGGGUGGCUGACGGACAACUGGCUUCUACGUGGGCUGUUGACGUCUCUAUUCUCUGGCUUUGGCUUCCUGUUUAUAACGCUAACACUGGACUACGCCAAGAAAUAUUGCCGUAAGAAGAAACAUCAGGACAAAGUGGUACUGCUCCACGAGUUACUCAAAGGUCAAGGCCUUUUGGACUGGGAGGACGAUACACACGUGGUACCCCCGGGCCGCAUGCUGGGGACAGGGUCGGCACUGAACCGGCGACCCAACCUCUUCCACGCCUACAAGCAGUACGGCUGCUUCCUGGGCAUGGGGACGGGUUACUACGCGGAUCCAGUGGACGUUAGAGAUUCGAAAUCUUCCAUCUGCGACGAGCCCGCGUCGACCGCGCCCAGGUGGUCGAACCUUCAGCUGAGUCAAUCGGAGUUACCGAACUUUAUGGCUAGCGAUAGCUCUAGAUCUCAAUACACGCGCUACGCCAAGUCCAACAUCAAACUGUGGAGCCAGCCCAGUGUCGCCAUCCCGCAACCCAGCGAGGCCAAGAAAGACGAGGUCUACAUGCGAAUGAUCAAGGAGUACCCUUUCAUCGCGCCGUUUCUCAAGAAAACGGAUUACCCGCGGGAAGCCAUUCCCAAGAUGACGGUGAAAGGUGACGAGAAGUAUCCUACGCCGCGCGUAAGUAAGGCCAACAACGCCAGCCAGUCUGAACUCUUCAGGACGCCGAGCAAGAAAACGUCACUCAAAUCCGUGAAAGAAGCCUCGAGGACUAGCUUGAAAGGAAGGCCGAAUUCCCGCGGUCAUUCGCCUCACAACACGGGUCUUAAAAAUAUCUCGGACAACAAAACGGUGUUAAAAGAAGACAAGUCAAGUCCCGUCGAUGCUCAGAGUGUUCAAAAUAACCCGGCGCAAAAAACGGGCGCAAAAGUGAAAUCUUUCUCGCGGUGCAAAUCCACAGACAACAUCAGAUCUUUCUCAAGAUCGAAAACUCGGAGUCUCUCAUCUUUAAAGAACAGCGCACUGUGUAAGAAAACGGAACAAAAAAGUGAACAGCGUCGUGAGAUCGCCACGGAGAUUACCGCAAGUUUCAUUGAAAUUUUCGGCUCCUCUGUCGAUUCUAAGCCUCGUGGUGAUGGCGUUGCCUCAACAACGUCACUUCCCAAUAGCCCCAAACGUCGAACGGGCGCCAAAAUCAAAACGGAGGAUGAGCUGUGGAGAACAUUGAAGCAAAGCUUUGAAGAGGCUGAACGGAAGUCUAAAAUUCCAACGUCGAAUAACAGACAGAAAAAAAUGAAAGUGAGUGAAAUGAAUACCCAGCUCAAGAAGUUUAGAAAAUUUCAAAUAAAGAAAGCAAUCAAUGCUAAACUAGUGCCGACGGAAUCAAAGAACCAAGAAGUUACUAACCACUCUCCUCGAUCUAAGCGUACUGCUUGUUCAAGAAAGUCUAAAGAUAUUGACCACGCGUCUCAUUCAGAAGACACUGAGCAUGCGCCGAGGCUAAAAUACACUGACCAUUCGCCAAAGUCUAAUCCUGUUGAUCAUACGUCUCAGUCAAAAGGUUCUGAUAAUUCACAACGGUCAAAAGACAUUGACCAUACGCCUAAGUCAAAAUAUACUGACCUUUCAUCAAAGUCUAAAGAUAGUAAUCAUACAUCUCGUACAAAAAGUAAUGAUGAUGCGCCAAAGUCAGCAUAUAAUGACCAUUCGCCAAAGUCAAACGAUACAGAUCAUUCGUCACGGUCUAAUGAAAGUGACCAUACGCCACAAUUAAAAGCUUCAAAGUUGAGGUCAGAGCGCACAGAAAAUGAAUAUCUGGAUCUGAAAUCACCAGAUAAGACCCCACGAGGGACCCCAAUAAAAGAACUGACGUCACAACAUACGAACCUGACGUCAACAACAAGAUCCUCCGAAUGGACUUCACAAGAGCAGCGCGUGACGUCACCAGCCAUAUUUUCCGGAAGGACGUCACCACAGCAGUCCUUUGCGUCACCGCCCAGAUCUUCCGGGAGAACGUCACAGCAGCAGCACGUGACGUCACCACCACGGUCCCUCAAUUGGCCUUCACAACAACACCCACCUCACGUGACGUCACCAACAAAAUCUCCCGGAAAGACGUCACAACGGAGUCACUCACCGACCGCCCCGUCCUUCGAGACACUUACAAAAACGCGAGAUAAACAAUAUCUCUGUCAAGCCCUGCAGCGAAGCCCUUCCGACUUUACUUCCGCUGAAGGAACCAUUGAUCCAGCAUCGGAUGAAGAAAACCCUGUGGUAACAUCACCGAAAUUCGUGACUAAGAAAGAAAGUAUUUACGUUGAAUACACUUUUGAUUCGUUAUCCCCGCGGGACCCACGCAGGGAAAAAAAACGCGCGAUUACCACGUCUUUGGAGAAGGAUCGCGAGGACACCAAGAUGAUGAAAACACGAGAAGAACUCACCAUAGCGAAGACUCCAAAAACAUCCCACAGUACAAGAGACACAGCGCGCAAAAAGCAGUUUUUGUGGAGUCAACAGCGUGAGAUUUCUGUCGAGAGAAACCCGCCUGAGCCCAACGUUUCUUUGAAACGUUCAUCGUUUACAAAAAAAUCGAAAAGAAAACCAAGCGCCAGCAAAAGUCCAGACCGCCCUAAGCAGAUCGAAGACAACCCUAAGAGUAAAGCUCUUACAAAAGGUGCCGAUGAAAAACAGGAUAAAGAAAUUCUGCCUUCGGAUCGACUCAAAGCCAAACGAUUCAUAGAGCAAUCGGUGUCUCGCAAGAUAGUUUGGAGUAAAAAGGGCAGAGAUUCAAAUAACACGGGUGAGAUAGAAAAGGAAGGUCCACGCUCCGUAGCGCUUGCACAUGAGUUAAAAAAUCAUAAAGAUGCUAAGGGUAUGUUUUAUAAGGAAAUAUCAAAACAGCUUAAAUCAGAACUGAGGCCCAAGUCUGACGCGACGAGAUCUAAACCGAACCAAGAUCUGAAGCGCGGGGUCAAGUCAGAAUUGAAGGAAAAAGUGCACACGCAAGCUGGGCCCUUCCCAGACGAUCACAAAAGCCGCAAAGAAACCAGGGAAAAAACCGUUAAGAAGGUGCCAAAACAGCCGUCGACUGAACGAAAGCCGAAAAAAGACGCGGGUAAACUCAAAUCGAACCCAGAGUCUGUAUCAAACAGCCUUGUUAACGUAAGGGACAAAACAUUUUCGCAACUCAAGAAUGUAAUUUACAAGCAGCCAGCAAAAGAUCGAAAUUCACCAGAAAGGAACCCCAAACUGCCGCCCAGUACGCAUAUCAAAGACAAAGUCCAAACACCCGAUACGUAUAUCACCAAGAAAACAGAUGUCAAACUAAAGAAAAGAGUUUUCGACACGAAUACCUCUCUCUUCGAUGAGCCGACUUUGAAUCGUGUCCCUAGCAUCCAAAAUUAUAGAGUCCUUAUAAGGAACGAAAAGGUGUUGGACACUAUAGUUCCUCUCGUAACUUACUCAAAAAUCGAAACAAAACAAACAAAAACGAAACGCAGGUCGCCUUCACCGGAAAGGCUGAAAAUAGAAAAACUGACCUCCGUUCCUAACAACGAAUCAUCGGACGAUUAUUUACCCCGAGUUAACAAUACGAAAACCCCAUCGUUUCAUGACCUAGAAUUAGAAAUCAACAACCAAAACGAAAGUUCAAGUGAGAUCGAGAAUCAAAAAAUGCCAGAUUUAGUACACUCUAAUCCACGCAACGCAGAGAAACCAACCGAGAAACAACUAGAGAAUUUUUACUCGGACUACGCGAUGAACACGUUUUCCUCAGGGCCCAUGUGUGAAGAGGACGACAGCGAUGUCUCGCAGUGUCCGGAAACGUCAGACUCGGAGAACAUUGAAGAGUUCGGUGACCAGAUGCGGAGAGAGUAUUUCGACAAUGUGGUCGCGCCACGACGCAAGCAAGACAAGCAGGUCGCGUUAAAGAAAUCCGUGCUGGAUGAUGUCGUACGGGACUUACAAAUAUACCAGUAGGGUCUUCAUCAUAACCUGCGGGCUGGGUUUUUUUUUCAACAUUAAAUUACAUGUUCUAGAUCAGUAGGGUCAUCAUCAUAAACUGGGAUUUUUUUCAACAUUAAAUUACAUUUUCAUACAACUAU